AUGGCCGUGUCUGGAAAUGGCGCCGAGGCGGUGGCGCCGGCGCCGGCGAAGGAGGUGAGCACCAAGGAGGCGGUUGCGGUGUCCAAGAACGCGUCGUUCAGGGAGGAAAGCAGCUUCCUGGACGAUCUCAAGGACAGCGAGCGUAAGGCGCUCGCCGAGCUCCGUGACAAGGUCGAGGCGGCAAUCGUGGAGGGCAAGCUGUUCGACGACGGCGGCAAGCCGGAGGAGGCCGAAGCCGAGGAGAAGGUAGAGGAGGAUGGCAAGAAGGAGGCCGACGCCGAGGAGGAGAAGAAGGAAGGCGAGGAGGAAGGGGAGAAGAAGGAGGCCGAGGAGGAGAGUGGAGAAGACACCAAGGAGGAGGCCAAGAAAGAGGAAGCCGCCGAGAAGGCGGCGGCGAAGGAGGAGGAUGAGGAGGAGAAACCGGCUGAGACGACGGCGGCCGUCGUCAUCGACAAGGACAUCGCGCUGUGGGGCGUGCCUCUGCUCCCGAGCAAGGGAGACGAGGCAACGGACGUGGUGCUGCUCAAGUUCCUCCGCGCGCGCGACUUCAAGGCCGGCGCCGCGUUCGAGAUGCUCCGCCGCACGCUCCUCUGGCGCAGGGACUGGACCAGCUUCAGCGUCGACGCCGGCGCUGACGCCGACGCCGACCUCCCCGAGGAGCUCGCGGGCGCGUGCUACCUCGACGGCGCGGACCGCGAGGGCCACCUGGUGUGCUACAACGCGCUGGACGUGUUCGCGGACGACGCCGUGUACAAGAACGCGCUGGGCACGGAGGAAGGCAAGGCCAGGUUCCUCCGGUGGCGGGUCCGCGCCAUGGAGCUCCACGUCGCCGAGCUGGACCUGAGGCCCGGCGGCGCCGCGUCGCUGCUGCAGGUGACCGACCUCAGGAACUCGCCGGGCCCGGCCAAGAAGGACCUCCGCAUCGCCGUCAAGCAGGUGCUCGACCUGUUCCAGGACAACUACCCCGAGCUCGUCGCAAGAAACAUCUUGAUCAACGUGCCGUUCUGGUACUACGCGUUCAGCGCCCUGUUCUACCCGUUCCUGACGCAGAGGACCAAGAGCAAGUUCGUCGUUGCUCGCCCGUCCAAGGUCACCGAGACCCUCCUCAAGUACAUUCCGAUUGAGGCCAUCCCGGUGAAGUACGGCGGCCUGAAGCGUGACGGCGACACCGAGUUCUCCGCGGACGACAGCGAGGUCACGGAGGUCACCAUCAAGGGAAGCUCCACGCAGACCAUCGAGAUCGAAGCCACUGAGGCUGACACUACGCUGACAUGGGACCUGACGGUGCUGGGGUGGGAGGUGAACUACAAGGAGGAGUUCUUGCCGGCGGACGAGGGCUCCUACACCAUCAUCAUCAGGAAGGGCAAGAAGAUGGGGUCCGGCUAG